AUGUACGAAUUACCUGCAGAUGACAAGAAAUUGGAGAAUAUUAAUCUCUAACAAAGUUCAUUUGAAUAUAAAUUAAUUGAAGACGAUGACGAAGAAGAUAAAAGCAUAAUCUCUUAGUUUUUGUAGAAUGUUAUUAAGUAGCCAGAAUAAAAUUUGUUUGAUUUGGAUAUCUCAGAGAGUCAAGAAUAGCAAAAUGGACCUAAGGAUUCGCUUUCCUCUUUAGUUGAUUAAAUGCUGUCAUCGAUUUCUAACAACUAAGAAAUACUUAACAAUAGAGUUAAUCUAAUAGAAGAGGAUGAUACGAUUGUAGACACUAUUGAGGAGUUUGAAUUUCGAGAUUAUUAAAUAGAAUUAUAUGAGAAAGGAAUUGGCAAGAAUUCUAUCAUUUAUUUGGAAACAGGAUUGGGUAAAACCUUAGUCAUCAUAAUGCUUAUGUGGGAUCGUUUGUUUAAAUAUCCUGAUAAAAAAAUAGUCUUUCUUGCCAACACUGUUUAAUUGGUAGAAUAAUAGGCCUAGCAAAUUAGGUUGAAAUUACCUAGAGUUGCUGAGUUGUUAAGCGACGAUGAGAAUAUGGUUGCGAAGGCUAAACAAAUCGGGUCUAAGUUAAAUGUAUUACAUGGAAGUAAAUGCACAGACAUAUGGAACUAAAUUAUGUGGCAAAUUAUGUUAGAAGAGAGUAAUAUUCUAGUAAUGACAACCUAAAUCUUCCUCAACAUAUUAAGAAAAGGAUUGGUGAAAAUCUCUAAUUUUAGUUUUAUUGCAAUGGAUGAAUGUCAUAAUGCAAUUUAAGAUCAUCCCUAUAACUAUAUUUUAAAGGAAUUUUACCUUAGAACUAAGUUUUAGUCAGAUAAUCAAUUUUUACCAUAAAUUGUAGGAACUACUGCAUCUCCUGUUAUGAAUAGCAGAUCAGUCAGCAAUAAUUAACUACUAUAAGAAUUGCUUUAGUUAUCAGCAAAUAUGGAUUCAUAAUAUUUAUAUGUAGAUGCUUAAUCCCUUAAGAAACAUAUAAAAGAGGCGAAGAUUGUACCUGUCUAUUAUAAAAUGCUCUUUAAUGAUUCUGACAUCCAAAAAGUUAUCGAUUUGAAGGCAUCAUACACUAAUUGUGAGAAAAAUGAGAAUAAGGCACUUGAUAUAAUGAGAAGAAAUGGCUAUCUAAUUGAGUUUUUUUUAAUUAAGUAAACCUUGGAAAAUUUCAAAAGAAAAUACUCAUAUGAUUUAUAAACAAAAAUCCUAAUUGCAUAAAUUGAGAAAUAAAUCCUACUAAACGGGUUUUAAAUGUAUUUGGAAUUAGGUCAAUAUUUAUUUGGUACACAUCUAUAGUAUAUUGAUAGUAUUAUUGUUGGAAUAUGUUAUUAUUAAGUUAAAUGAUUUUUUAACCAUCAAGAGACCACCAAAUUAAGCUGCCUGUUUAGACAUCUUAAAAUAAAUCUAGAAUUUACUAAAAGAUGCUAAAUUAAAAUACUCGAAUGUUUACCAAUCAUCCACUCCUAAAGUACAGGUCUUAUUUGAACUAAUAAAAAAAGCUUAUUCAUAAGGCGAUGAUAACAACAGAAUUUUGAUUUUUGUGAAAUAAAGGCUUACCGCUUUCUUUUUAAAUAGGCUAAUCGAAGAAUAUUUGGCUACAGAGAGAAUAAGUAUUGAUAAAUAUAUUAUGUAUUAGAUAUUGUAAGCAAUUUUAUAAUAGGACAUUGUUCCUCAAUAGUGAGAAAACAGAAUAAUAGUAUAAUGAUCAAUGUGAUUGAUUCCAAUAAAGAGGAUUAAGAAGAACUAAUUAAAAAACUAUAUGCUGAAUUAUAAAAUGAUCAAAGCAAAUUUUCAAUUGAAUAACUUAAAGAUCAGGUCAAUAGAUUAAACAUAUUUGCUUAUAAGAUUAGUUCUUCAGUUUAAAAUGACAUCUUAAAUCAGUUUAGACAAGGAAAAAUAAAGAUUCUAAUUUCUACUGCAGUGGCAGAAGAAGGUAUUGAUAUUCCAAUGUGUAAUUUUGUUAUUGGAUUCAAUCCAAUUUCAAGUUCGAAGGCAUAUGUUUAAAUGAAAGGGAGAGCAAGAAAAGAGAAUUCAUAGUUUAUGAUAUUCAUGGUUGACAAGUUAUAGCAGGCUUAAGUGUAAAGUCAUCAACAAGUUUAGAACAACAUUAAAUAGAUUAUUGAAGAACUGACUGCUCCUUAAAGAUAGCAAAUGCUCAAUAAGGCGAUGCUAACAUUAUGUAAUUAUAAUUUUAUAUUCACCAGAGAACAAAACUUUUGAAAACACUUAUUUUGAUUCAUUUGAAAUUUAGAGCUCAGGUGCUCUAAUCAAUACAAACUGGUCUUGCUAAUUAAUAAUGUAAUUGUGUUCGAAGUUCAAUUAAAAGGAUGCAGAUAAGACUUAGGCUAAAUAUGCAAUUUAUUAAUUGCAUGGAAAUGCUUAGUCUAAUCAGUAGUUCAUAGCCUUUUUACUUCUCCCAAUAUCAAUGAAGAGCUUCAUAUUUUAUGGGAAACUUGCCCCAACUUCCAAAGAUGCUAAGUCUUCAGCUGCAUUUGAAGCAUCAAUGUAAUUGUAUUAGAAGGGAUACAUUGAUGAGAAUUUGCAAAUCUGCUUUGAUAGUGAUUUGGGUCAACACAUAGGGGCAGAUUAAGAUGAUUCUUAAAUCAUGAUGGUAACUAUAAUUAUCUUACAAUUUCAUAGACAAGAGAAUAAUGGCAAAUAGCAUGUAAAUACUCUUAGAGGUUGGUACAAAGUUAAUCUACAAUGGGAGGGAAAGUUAACUCAUAAAAAAGGUAUUAUACUAAUUUAUUCAAAACCCUCUUCUAAACAAAGGAUUAAAACGAUUAGAUUGAGGAUUUCUUACUUUACGAAUGUCUAUAUUAAAAUGAGAAAAUAUUCUUGGCCUUUCCGAAAUAGAUGCUUACUCAAGUCAGUAAGUGUGAAAAUACUUUGUAAGCUCUUGGCAUUUAAUUUAAAUCAAUGUAGAAAAUUUCUAAGAGUUAAUAUGAAAGUUAUUAUAGACAAUAUGUGCAGACCAUUAUCAAAGAAGAAAAAUUACUAAAAUGGAAAGACAAUGUAUAUGCGGUUAUUAAUCAAAGUACAUAUUUCAUUUAUUUUAGAAUGUUAAAUUAUGAUUAAAAGUUAGAGCGACUCGAAUUUACUUCUAAUCUUAAAGGGUUCAGCCGAUAGUAAAUUUACACUUAACUAAAUCAUCAAUCAAUUUACUUUAAGAUUCAAGGUGGAUCUAUUCAAGGAUAAAAUUAAAGAAUAACUAGUUCAAAAAAUUUCCAUUAUUCCUUUGAAUAUCAAACCUCGUAUCAAUGAAGUUUUGAAUUCCACUAAUAAAUACAUUCAGUAUCUCACCUCUCUCCAAUAUUGCUGUUAAAAUGAAUUGGAAGCAUUGCAAUUAAAUUUUAUACAAUAUAGCGUUUCUGAUGUUGUUUUGAAUUCGGAUGUGAAAGAUAGAUUGGAUGAAAUUUUAUUUAAAUCAUUGGAUUUAUAGUCUCAUAAAUACAAUGAAUUAUUAUUAGGCCAUCAGUACUAUAAAUUCCUUGUAGCAGUUAUAUUGUAUGCUAAUUAUUUCGAAAAUGAUAUUCACAUUACCAGAGCUAAAUAUAAAACAUUUACAAGAAGCACUUAUGUUAGGAAUUGUCUGCUAGAAUCUUACCUCUUCCUAUAUUUACAUAAGAAUGACCUAAAUGAUAUAACUACACAAUUUAUUGGGCUUGAAAAAUAUCAAGAUAAUUUUGAUUUGAUGAUGGAAUAAUUAAUUUUAGAUGAUUUUUCAGUAACCAAAAGGAAAUCAUAGGCGAAUACAAUUAGAAAUAAGAUCCAUAUUUCAAAUUAGGAAUUCUUUUAAUUCUUACAAACUUCAUUAUUUCUAAUCUAAUAGAAUGAUUAGGAUCUAGUCAAUGGUUUAAAUUGGCUUAGAACCUUUCGAAUAGUGACUUCUAUGAAGAUUCAUGUGAAUUCAUCAAAAUGUUUAGAGGAAUUUCUACCUGGUUUUGUGCCUCCUAGUGAACAGACUAGAAAAAUUAGAAGAGUGUUCUCUUCUCUUGAAUAUCAAAUAAAAUACUAAUUCAAACAUUUUGAAUUGUUGUUUUAAGCAAUGACCGAUAUUUCAUUUAAAUUUGUGAUUAAUAACAAGUUAAAAAACAAGUAUUAUGAUCAAUUUUAAAAGAAGGAAGAAUUUUAAGGGAUGAUAUAGGAAUAAUAAUGGAUUGAAUUUAAAAGUCAAUUUGAAUGCAUGAAUGAUACAGACUAGAAUAAUUAUGAAAAUUCGCUAUUGGCAAUGCUAGGGAAAGCAUUAUGGAAUUAUCUAAUAAUUAAAAUACUGAAUGAGAACAAUAUGGGUAUAUAUUCAUUUACAAAAUCAUAGAUUGUUUUGCAAUUAAAAUUGUUGGAAAGAUUCUUACGAAAACUCCAUUUCUAGCAUUUUUAGCCAUCUAACUUGGUUUGCAGUAGUAUUUGAAUAGCAGCUAUUAAAAUUCCCUCUUCAUAUUAGCUAGUGAAGUUGAAAAAUGCAAGGAUUAAUCCUUAGCAUUUAAAAUUGGUAAAAUUUAGAAAUCUAUACAUUCACAAAUCUUGGAAAAUGCAUUUUUAGCUCUUGUUGGUGCUAUCUACCUUGAUUCAAAUUGCAGUUUAAAUAUUGUAAUGCAAUGGGCUACAUUAACAUUAGAAAAGGUUCAUGUAUAUCAAUUGUAUUCACCUGAUUUCAUAAAGAGACAACCAAAAUAUCAAUUUUAUCAAUGGUAACGAUGACAUUAAGUUUUAGGUACCAGAGUAAUAUAGGUAACCCUUUCAAUUUUAAUCUGAUCAAAAUUCCUCAUUAAGAUUACAGAAGAGUAGCAUAAGGAGAAAAUUUGUUCAUUCCUUAUGACAUGUUAGAAGCCUAGAUAGUAAACAUCAAGAAAGAUAAAUAUUAUGAAAUAUCAUAAUUGCAUAUUUAUGCUAAGAGCAAAGAGAAGGCUUGGGAAAAGUUGUAUGAAAUGAUUGAUUAUUGAGUUUAUAAAUUAAUUAAAGUUUAUAUUAACAAUAGGGGAG